GCAGCAUCUUCGCCUUUGAGGUGCUCCACAGGAUGGGCCUCCAGUUCUUCGAAGUCCUGAAUUACGCUGUCAUGUGCGCCCUCAUCUGCCUGUUCGUGAUGCGCGGCUUGUGGGGUCUGGAGAGGUUUGGUGCCAUCUGGGCCUUUAUAGACAAGAUGGGAGAGGUGGACAGCCGGCACCUGCUCCUGGGCGUCGUCCUGGGCCUGAUAGGCGCCGGCAUGGCCCUCCUCUUCAUGGAGAUCAACAGGCACCUGAAAAAGGGCGCCAUGGCCGUCCGCCUCGACGAGAAGCGCCGUCCCGUGCUGUGCGGCGCGAUCGGCGGCGUCCUGAUCGGCCUGAUCGGCGUCUGGCUGCCGCCCACGAUGUUUUGGAGCGAGUACGAGAUGGAGACCGUGGCCAACCCCGAGAUUAAGCUGGCGCACGUCUGGCCGAAGGGCGGCUACUGGGGCCUGGCACCCUGGUUCCAGGGCCACUACACGCCGGCGAUCUGGUUCGGCCUGGCCUUCGCCAAGCUCCUCACGAUCAACAUCUCCGUCGUGUCGGGCAUGCGCGGCGGGUUCAUCUUCCCGCUGAUGUUCGCCGGCGCGUGCCUGGGCCGCGGCCUAGCAACGGUGCCCGGCAUCCCGUGGGUCAGCGACCAGGCGCCGGUGCUGGCGGCCAUGGUCACCGCGGCGGCGGUGUGCACGGGCGUGACGCGCACCCCCUUCGCAGUGACGCUCAUCCUCACCGCGCUGGUGGGCGAUCCGGGAGUGGCGGCCCCCACGCUGUGCGGCGCCCUGACCUCGUUCUUCGUGCUCAUGAAUAGACCGUUCUUCCUGGCCCAGCGGGACCGGGACGACAUCAUCUUCAAGCCGCUGGCGUUCGGCGAGAUGCCCCGGGGGGUCAGCGGCAUCAGCGCUGGAGAGUCCAGCGAGUCUUCCGGCAACAAUUUCAGGAUACCGGCGGGCCACCUGGCGACCAGCGGUAGCCGGACGUCGGAGACGACCCUCAACGAGUUGGCGGCGUGA